AUGAGUACAAAUCGCGAACCAGAAGCCUCAGAGGACAUGUUGGAAUCGAUAGAUGAAUUAAAAGAGCGGUUGUCAUCAAUGAAACGUAUGAUGGAGGAGCGGAAAGCCACAGGAUCAGGAUCCAAAGACCUGUUCCAGGGUCACGCAAGAAGUCUCCAUGGAACCAACAUGAUAGACGGGAAUUUCUUGAGUUUCGUCUUCGGAGGCUCCCUCGUGGUUAUACUUAGUGUUUCCGUAUAUGCGUUCUAUAAUUUAUACCACGCUGUGUUGAAGAAAUUCCCUUCGUCCCAUACGGAGUUGUAAAAUGGAUUGUUACAUUUCCAUGACUGAUUUGUAGAGAGAACGUUGCGAUAGUUCUGCCAAAGUUAAGGCCCGUAUAUAUUAUUUUGAGAUAAUUUAAGUUAUCCCGAAUUAUAACACGACCUUCACCCUCCUGAUCAAAGUUUAUUUCGCCGACUGACUAAAUAAAUAUAAGAACGUUUAAAAAAGUUAUAAAAAGCCAGGUUUCACAUGUUUAGAGUAACAUUAAGUAACUA